AUGCGCCUUACACAAGCCGCUGUCGUUGCCAUCUUGGCCUUCACAGCCGCUGCAAAGCCCAUCGCCGUCCGUGGUGAUGAUGUGAAAGCCCAUGAGUACCAGAAGUGCUGUGAGCAGCGCGACAAGUACGAUCAUGGCAAGGUCUGCAUUCCUCCCAAGGUGGAGGUACCCCACGUGCCCGAGCCUAUAGAGGACGGCAAGCAUCCCGACGAGCACUACCAUGCCGAGCCGCCUAAGGGUGACGAGCACAAGAACGAAGAGCCGCCAAAGCCGAGCCCGGAGCACCCCGAAGCACCCAAAGAAGAGGGGGAGAAAGACGAUCAUGAUGAUGGCAGCUACAAGCCUCAACCCCCGAAGCCGGAACCAGAGCAUCCAGCUCCAGAGGACGACAAAGAUGACCACGAUGACGGCAGCUACAAGCCUCACCCACCUAUGCCGCAGCCAACGCAUCCAACACCUCCGAAGGAGACGACGCAUCCGGCGCCGCCUAGGGAAACGCAUCCAGCUCCUCCAGCUCCCCCCAAAGAAACGCAUCCAGCACCGCCCAAGGAAACACAUCCAGCUCCUCCAGCUCCCCCCAAAGAAACGCAUCCAGCACCGCCCAAGGAAACACAUCCAGCUCCUCCAGCACCUCCCAUGGAGACACAUCCAGCACCGCCUAAGGAAACGCAUCCAGCUCCUCCAGCACCUCCCAUGGAGACACAUCCAGCACCGCCCCAGGAGACGCAUCCAGCACCGCCCCAGGAGACGCAUCCAGCGCCUCCCAAAGAAGAGCACUUACCCCCAUCGCCAAAGCCGGUCCCAGAGGCUGACCAACAUGGGUAUUACACCUUCGGCGAGGAGAUUAGUCUGAAAUGUGAGGGUGGCAAAAUCGUAGUCAAGGGCCACAAGUACUAG